AUGGACUACGGUGCAACAAUCUACCAAUCAGCCAAAUCUCACCACAAAAGAAUAAUAGAUUCUACUAUAAACUCCAGCUUAAGAUUCGCUAUUGGAGCUUUCCGAUCUAGUCCCAUAGAAAGCAUUCGAAACCUAGCACUUGAACCCCCUACUGAGCUUAGACACUUAGAAAAAUCACUACUCUACGCUGCCAGCAUCACAAGAAACUCUGGCAAUCCAGUAAACAAAUACACUACAGAAAUUACCGAGUACGCUAAAGACCCUGGUAUAGAAUUCAAUGCGAUAACGAAAGUUCAACCCUUCAAAUUCCCCCCAUGGGCCUUCAAUAUUGAUAUAAACCUGGAUUUAACUAAAUUCAAAAAAGUGGACACUACACCCAUGAUUUACAAAAAUCACUUAAACGAAAUACUCCAAGAUCACAAAAAUGCAAAUUGUUAUUACACUGAUGCCUCUAAAUCUAGAAAAGGCGUGGGAAUCGCAAUUACUAACCAUGACCUCUCCAUCAGAUUCAAACUCCGCGAAAGCUACUCUAUAUACACGGCAGAAGCCAUAGAAAUACUCAAUACAGUAGAUCACAUAUUACUUAAUCACGAUCAUGGAAACCCCCACAAAAGCAAUCUAAUCCUGUCAGACUCACUUUCAUCACUCACGAGCCUCAAAAACUCAUUCAACACUACAGAUAUAGCAAAACUUAUACUUCAAAAAACUAGCCUAGCAUAUCAGACAGGAAUCAAAAUUUCACUAGUAUGGAUCCCGGGGCACAGCGGCACAGUUGAGUUUAAAGUUUUGGAAGUGUAUGGAUUGGUGAUAUAA